AAAAAAGGGAUUAUGGUAUUUUAAGGGAAACAUAAAAAAAAGUUUCAAGAGGAAGGAUCUUUUUUUUUUUUUAGUUUUGAGAAAAGGUUUGAAAGCCUACUGGUAAUCGUUGUAGGGGUUAUUUCAAUAUAAGUUUGAUUUUCUUGUUUUCUGUUUCUGUUAGAAGCUGCACGAUAAGUCGCUGUCCGACGAUUCUGCAGCGUUUACUGUUUGACUAGUGCACGUCUUAUUGGCAAAUCGCUAAAAUCCUCGUCGUCAAUGAUCGAAGAUGGUUUUUCUUUCGAUACGUCCCUUUUCCGUUGGUAAUAUUGACAAAACGAACCCUUCAACCCUGUUGACGACUUGCUAGAUAUCAUUUCGGAGUAUGAGUCCUCGUCAUUGAAAGAAAUGAAACGCUUUCGCUUGACUUGCAUUUGGACGGCCACAGAUGCUGUUCUCAUUGUAGCUUGAGGAUUCUCAUCACCACUUGGCGAAUCAAAAGAUGAUUGUUUCCUUCAAUUCUCUGUAUUAUCAUUAUGCUAUUGAGGAAGCUGGUUUUCUACCUGUUCCUUUAGCUAUACAAAAGGGCAUAUUUAAUCCCUCUCCUUCCUGUAAUAUUUCCUUCAGGAUGUACUAUUCUCCUUGGCAAAACAUUUUUUCUAGUGACUUUUUAAAAAGUUAUUAUAACAAGUUCAUCUGUUUCUUUGCCUUUUAUCCUUAGAUUUUGUGGUAUACGAUUUCGAACGCUGCCUAACAGCUUAAGAUCCAG